AUGUCCAAAGGGUUGGGGCUCUUCCGAGCUGUCUACCUGGUAGCUUUAUGCUGCGUUGGUUCCUUUCUGUUUGCCUACGAUACCGGCAUCGUUGGCGGCAUCUUGACCUUCCCCAGUUUCCAAAGAGACUUUCGGUACACGAACAAGCAACGCGCCUCAGUCGGGUCAAAUUCUACGAGUCUACUGCAAGCCGGCGCCUUCUUUUCCUGCUUCUUUAUCUGGCCAUUUACCGCAAAAUUUGGUCGACGUUGGUCCCUCAUCCUCGCAUCCUGCAUCUUCAACAUCGGCGCUGUCGUACAGACGAUCAACACACACUCACUCGCCGCUUUCUAUGUCGCUCGGACUGUGUCUGGUGUCGGUGUGGGAAUGGCUACUGUGAUCGUCCCCAUGUACUCAGCUGAAAUGGCCCCAAAGAAUAUCCGUGGCAUGCUGGGAAGCAUGUUCCAGUUCUUCUUCACCAUGGGGGUCAUGACAUCUUAUUGGGUUGAUUAUGCAGUUGCAAAGCAUAUUUCAGACGACAGUAGCGUUCAGUGGCAGUUGCCAGUCGGCUUGCAGCUGGUGCCUGGAUCGAUCCUCGGCCUCGGCAUGCUUUUGACCAAGGAAAGCACGAGAUGGCUUGCUAAGAAGGGUCGUCACGAGGAGGCUAUGCAAUCACUUGUUUGGGUGCGCGGCGGAGACACGCACGAGGUACAGGAAGAGUUCGCGGAAAUCAUGAGCAGCAUUGAAGAGGAAAAUCGAGUCAUAGAGGGUGUGACUUGGAAAGAACUGCUACAGCCCGUCAAUCGAUACCGCAUCUUCCUUAUCAUUGCAUUGCAGAUUGGUGUCCAACUCACUGGAAAUACCUCUUUGGCGUACUAUGCCCCGCAAAUCUUCAGUCUCGUUGGCGCCGGCCAAAACAAGUUGCUGCUCACGGGAUUCUUUGGUUUUGUCAAGGUCAUUGCUUGCUUGUUUUUCUUGCUUUUCCUCGUCGAAAGGAUAGGACGCCGCGGGUCGCUUCUGCUUGGUGCUGGUUUUAUGGGCACGUACAUGCUCAUCGUAGCUGUUCUUACGGUUACCUUCCCGCCCAAUCCGACAGCGGGCCUCACCUCGCCAUCGAUUGCAUCCUUGACCAUGAUCUAUCUGGAAGCAAUGAGCUACAACAUCUCCUGGGGUCCAGUCCCUUGGGUAUACAUGGGAGAGAUUCUCACGGGUCGCACCCGGGAAGCAGGCAUCGCAAUUGGCACAGCUACCCAGUGGUUGUUCAACUUCGCCUUCUCCCAGGCUACUCCCCAUGCGGUAACAAACCUGGGUUGGAAAACCUUCGUCAUGUUUGCCGUCUUCAACUAUGCUCUUAUUGUCUUCGUUUGGUUCUGCAUCUCUGAGACUAAGGGCAAGUCUUUGGAAGAGAUGAAUGAA